GCAAUGGGUGCUUUUGAGGAAAGUCUCUAGAGAAGCGUGCCGGGCAAAGUAGGGAGAAAGGCUUCCCGCCACUAGCUGCCUGGAGCGGGCUGGCUGGCGCCUGGGAAGAGCCCCUUAUCCCGCCGCGCGAGCCAGGGUCUGGCUGCGCGUGUGUCGCGCCUGUGCACCAGGAAGUGACUCUCCCCAGCGGCUACGAUCCAGGCUACUCGCUGGCCUUUUCGUUUGUCACCUCAGGGCAAGUAGUGUCUCAGGGCAAGUUCUGUCUUAUGUUGGCAGUCACCAGUGAGAGGACCCACACACUCAGGAAAAUGUCUAAAUGUCGUGAGAUGAAGAAAAUGAAGAUCAGAGGAUAUGAUGAACUUUGCAAAGUCUGCCUAGCUAGUGAAUCUCAGUGUUUUUGUGGUUGCCACAUAUUAAGUGUCCCAGUGCACAGCCCAAGAUGUUUCUUCUCCAGAGUGGGUCUCUUCUUCAAAGCAGGGCUGCUCCCCUGGCAUUUCAGAAAACCUCCAGGAUGGUCACAGCUCUUCUUGGGCUCAGCAUGUAAGGGAAACUUCACUCAUAUGAUCUCUAAGAAGUGUCAAAGGGGACCGAAAAGUCGGAAGAAACCAAGCCAUCUUGGACCACUGGAUGGUUCCUAGAAGGAAAGAUAAGGCCCAGGCUGGCUGGCCGAUGUGAUGCCACUCUGAAGGCUGAGCUAUGAAGAACAUCUCAAGCCUGUCAUUGAUGGCUACCGAAAUAAAUCCAUCUUCUCUGUGAACUGAGGUCCAGAUGGCAAUCCGAAGACUGUGGGGUACUACCUGGGAACUUGGAGGGACAGUAACACUGUCUGCUUAAGGUCUAACCAUCUGAAAAACACCCCCGAGAAACACAGUCAAGUGGCACAAUACUAUAAAGUACUCCUUCAACAGUCCCCAGUGGAAACCUGCUUUCUGUUUCAUGAAGGUGGACACUGGCGUGAGCUCACAGUCUGCAUCAGUAGCCAAGGGCACACAGUAGCCAUCAUCACUUUCCACCCUCAGGAAUUAAGGCAGGAUGCUAAGGGGCAGCUUCUGAUACUCUUUAACCAUGCUGCUGGCAUUAUCACACUGCAGAAACUGAGGCAAGGGGGAGCUCUGUGUUCAGAGGAGACCGUAAAGGAAUUUUUCACCAAAGGGCCAGGAGCACUCUGUGACUUGACAUCACUUUACUUCCAGGAAAGCACCAUGACCUGUUGCAGCCAUCAACAGUCCUCCUACCAGCUCCUAUUUGGGGAACCCGACCUCUUUGAAGAUCUCUUGGGCUUGAAGAUCCGUAUCGCUCCAGACUCGUUUUUUCAGGUUAAUACUGCUGGUGCAGAGAUGCUAUAUCGGAUCAUUGACGAUCUGAGUGGAGUCACCUCUAACACUAUCCUCCUUGACAUCUGCUGUGGGACUGGUGUGAUCGGCCUCUCCCUGGCUCAGUAUGCCUCCCAGGUGCUUGGCAUUGAGGUGGUGAAGCAGGCGGUAGAGGACACCAGGUGGACUUCAGCCUUCAAUGGCAUCACCAACUGUGAGUCCCAUGUUGGUCGAUCAGAGAAGAUUUUGCCACAGCUACUAAAGUCAAAGGAAGAUAGGCAGUUAAUUGUUGCUGUGGUGAACCCAGCCUGGGCGGGACUGCAUUACCAGGUAGUUCAAGCCAUUUGAAACUGCAGGGCCAUCCGCACACUAGUGUUUGUUUCCUGCAAACACCAUGGUGAAACCACAAGGAACAUCAUCGAGCUGUGCUGUCCUCCAAACUCUGCUAAAAAGCUCCUGGGUGAGCCUUUCAUCCUGAGACAAGCUAUGCCUGUGGACGUGUUCCCUCACCCACACUGUGAGCUGCUGCUCCUCUUCAUUUGCUAAGCAGCCUCCUACAAGAUGGCAGGCUCUUUGUAAGGCUGAAGUUUCAGUAACUUCCAGGUUUGGCAUAUUGCUGCAUUGCAGACCCUGAGAGCAUUAUUGGCGGGGAACCAAUCUUUGGAUUAUGAGCAGGAAGAAAAUAGUAGACCUAUCUGAAGCAGAUUUAUAACCUUAGUUUUCAGGUUCCCUUGCUCUCAUGUGUGUUUGGUUGUGACCACUUCUUGGCCCUGGAUCUGGACUGUUUCUUUCUUUUGUUGUCAGCCUGUCAUGCCUCCCUUGGUCCUAGUUUUUAGUUUUGUCUCCUCUGUCUGACUCUGCCUGUGGUGUGGUAACCACUGAGAUUUUCUCAGCAGCUGGUAAUAAUUUCACCUUGACUCAGGUCUGUGUAUUUAUCCAGAGAUUUUAUUAGAUAUGUUCUGCGUUCAUGAGGUAGCUAAGGAUUAGAACUAGAAACAAGUCUAGCUUUUUAAAAAAAGUAGAGUAAGCUAUGCCGUGAUUGCAGGAAGACUGACUGCUUGAACUCAGUAGAGAUUUAUUCCUUCGGGUUUUCUAGAUUUUGAGGUUUCUAGAAUACCUUUUAAAAAUGUAGUUACUCCUAGGAGCAAUAGCACCAAUUAGCUCUCGCCUGUGGAGGGAGAAUUGGUCUAGAAGAGACCCUAUGGGUAAGGAGAGCUUCAAAGAAGAGACUGAAUACCUGUAACUGUGCUGUGUAGUAUGGAGGCAGAAAGCUCCAGAAUCCCCUAACAAUCCCGAAUGUACUAUA